GAUGGCGGCCUCCGCUGCUUCACGUGAGCUGUUUACUGAGGGAGUGAGAGCGGUUCUGCACACCUGGCCAGUCCUACAGAUCGCGGUGGAUAACGGGUUUGGGGGCGUGUACGGGCAGCAGAAGGCGGAUUGGAUGGUGGAUGUAAUCCAGCAGUAUUUCCAUGACAACGCUGACCUGCAGCAGUAUGAGGUCGAGGACUUCAUUUCUGAUCUGAUGGAUCAAGAGUUCGACACAGUGGUGGAUGAUGGGAGUUUACCUCAGGUGUGCAGCUCUCUGGUGCAGCUGUUCUCUCAGUGGCAGCAGGGGGCGCUGCAGCAGCUCACACAAACCAUCAACAAGCUCACACACAACAAGAACCAAAGGGCCACGGUCACGGCUCCGCCCACACAGUCUGAUGAAGAGGAAGAUGAUGAAACACAGGUGAUGGAGUGUGAGUCCUCCGGUCCAUCAGUCAGCAGGACGGAUAGUCGUCCUCCUCCUCAGGACGGAGGGGACGGAGGGGACGGAGAGGACGGCUGGACGGUUGUGCGUAAGAGGAAGUGAAGUGUCUCCCAGUUGGAGCUUUGAGGACAGUGAACACUGAAGAGACGUUGAGUGGACAGAGAAGAGACUGUUUGAUGUUGUUUUUAUAUUAAACCUGUUAAAAGGCUGCUCAGUGUCUUCUGUCAUGUCAUUAAAUAUGUAAUAUUGUUAUUUUCUUCAAACAUUUAAAGGGUUAAAAUUAGGGCCGGGACUUUAAUGCGUUAAUUAAGAUUAAUUAGUUACACAAAAAUUAACGCGUUAAAAAAAUUGACGCAUUUUAAUUGCACUUAUUUUUGCACCGCGGAACGUUUCUCACUGGAUGAGUUUCAGGAGGACCGAUUAUACUGGAGCACCAACUAGCGUUGAUGAGUUGAGACAACAACAAACCACAGUGAACAUGAAGGAAGAAGCUGAUGAGACCUUUGGUUGGCCCCGUGGAUGAUGGGACAUUUAGUUACUAAAAACCAACGGAUGGAAUCGUCCAUAAGAGCAUGGUUGUGUUGCUAGGCAACAAGGAAUUCACAUAUCACCGCAGCACAUCCAGCCUCAAGUAUCACCUCAAUGCUAAACAUAUAGCAGCUAGCGGCUAGUGUGGUAGCUAGCGUGGAUUGUGUUUUAGUUAAAAAACCAAAGUAUUCUAGUUUACAGAAGGUCUACCUACCUAUAGGCUACCUGAAUUUAUGAAAUGUACUAUAUUUCUUAAUAUGCUAUUGCUACACUUAACAUAAAAAUUGCACUGGUCUGUUGGACUUAAAUAAACAAUAUUUUUGUUGCUUAAGCUUAUGUAUUCAGUCAUUAUUCAAUGGUAUACUAAAAAUCCAUGUGAAAAAAAUUACUUCUCACUGUUCAGGUCAAAUAUUUAUACGCGAUUAAAAUGCAAUUAAUUUCGAUUCAUUAAUUACAAAGCCUCUAAUUAAUUAGAUUAAUUUUUUUCAAUCGAGUCCCGGCCCUAAUUUAAAGGGUUAAAAGUACAUAUUUGGUCUUUAUAAUCAGCUCUGACGUUUCAACGAUUUACAAAGUGUAAAUAAUGUACAGUAUUUUAAUGAAGGAGACAGGAAGGAGUGUUUUAAACUGGGUUCAAAGGGCAUCCCAUACAUCCCAUAAUAUGUUCUAUGGUUGUGUUUAAAAGCUUAAUUAUCUUGUCUGUCCUGAGUUUGAGCGGUUCAUGUGAAUCAUCUGUUGUGGAGGAAGUACUCACUCAACUGCAGUACAAGUACAGAUACCACAGUGUACAAAUACUCUCUUACAUUAACUACACUCUGCAGCUUUUUCUUUCAUUCUUUUACUGAAGGAUAAAGUAUUAAAAGUAUUAAGUGGC